UUUUUCUUGUCAGUCAAAUCGUCCACACACGCGCAAAUAAAUUAGUGUUGAAAAAAACUAUAAGAGUGGAUAUCCAAACGCUUAGAUGCAGAUAAGAGAGAGAGAGAGAGAUGAGUCUGUCGGAGGAAAAGGCGAUUGUAAUAGUAGGAGCUGGAAUCUGCGGCCUCGCUACCGCCCUUGCCCUUCAUAGGAAAGGAGUUAGUAGUAGAGUUGUAGAGAGAUCAGAAUCCCUAAGAGCCGCAGGAGCUGCAAUCGGUAUAUUCGCAAAUGGGUGGCGUGUGCUUGAUGAACUUGGAGUGGGUCAAGAGCUCAGAUCAAAAGCUGUUCUAUUACAAGCGGUGCGAGAUGGAAGUCCACGGGGUGAAACGGUGUCAUUGAUGAAUGAAGAAUUUAGGUGCUUGAAGAGGAGUGAUCUCAUCAAUGCCCUUGCCAACAAUCUUCCACCCGAUACCAUACGCUUCGGAUGCCAAACUGUUGCACUCAACUUGGAUCCCCAAACUUCUCAUCCUAUUCUUCAUCUUCAUGAUGGGACUGUCAUCAAGGCGGAGGUUGUGAUUGGAUGUGAUGGCAUAAACUCUGUGGUAGCUGAUUGGCUGGGGCUCAAAACUUCGAGCCAAUUUUCUCUGUGCGCAGUGAGGGGGCUUACAAAUUAUCCAAAUGGGCAUGGGUUCAGCAAAGAAUUUGUCCGAAUAAGGAGAAACAAUACCACAUUAGGAAGAAUCCCAAUCGAUGAGAAGCUGGUCCAUUGGUUUGUAGGCCGGCUCUGGACUCCUCAAGAUUCAAGACUUUCAAAAGAACACAAGCUAAUCAGAGAUUCAGCAGUGGAAUCAAUCAAGGAUGAUUUUCCAGCAGACGUAGAAAUGAUAAGAAACAGUGACCUCGCGUCGUUGACUCUCCUACGCCUAAAGUACAGGGCACCAUGGGAGAUUCUACUUGGAAACUUCUCAAAAGGAACAGUAACAGUGGCAGGGGAUGCUAUGCAUGUUAUGGGCCCGUUCAUAGGACAAGGUGGUUCAGCAGGCCUAGAAGAUGCGGUGGUGCUAGCGAGGUGCUUCGCAAAAGAGAUGGGUGGCAAUGGCAGCAGCAAGCCAGAAGAACAGGGGAUGAUGACGAUACAGGCGAAAAGGGUAGGAAAGGCAUUUGAUCAAUAUGUAAAAGAACGUAGGUUUCGGAUCCUGAGACUGUCUACGCAGAGUUACCUUACAGGAUUGCUGGUGCAGGCCUCAUUGCCAGUGAUGAAGCUCAUCAUUCUCAUGCUUCUUCUACUCCUCUUUCCUAACUCAUUUGGUCACACCCGUCAUGACUGUGGUCGGCUUUAGGCUAUAGGCUAUAGGCUAUAGGCUUUAGGAAGGAAUUCAAGUAUUGAUCAUGAACCUGCGGCCCCUCCUGCCGCUGCUUAGUUAGUAGUUUGUAAUAAUAUAAAUCAAUGGCCGGGUACCUUAGCUACAUGGUUGGGAUUUGGGUUUAAUUUUAUUUCUUUGAUGAUAGAUUAUCUGGAAGCCAUGUUAGUUAUUUGCACAUUUGAAUUUGCAAGUUUUUUGGUAAUAUGUAUAUGGCAUUUAUUUGGAAGAGCUAUCUAGUUACAUUUAA